AAAAUAUGUACGAAGGACACAAUAGUAAAAGAACAGGAGAAUAUUUAUAACGCAUUAGGGGAAAAUGACUAUCCGGAAUCUUUUGUUCGUUUGCAUAAUCGGACAAGAAAUCUGACUCAAUCAAAUAUUCAUCGGGUGUCUAAAAAGGACAUCCACAUCUAUCUGUCACACAAAGAGGAUUCAACCAUACAGCUUAUCACACAGCGCACAGAAAACGCUUUACAAGGAACCUACUGUGCUGCCACAUUACGUAUCCAUCCAGUCACAGCUUCUCCCCUUCCCUCAUUCAUAGAUGGCCACUCAGUCCAGUCCACCUCUCUGAUUGCAUUUGCGCCUUCUGUUGCGCCUGCAACGAACCAUACAUCAGUGGUGGAACCGACCAGUCACUGCGACCUAAGAUGGCUGAACACAUCCCUAGUUCGUGCAUGA